AUGGCGGUGAUCCAGAUGCAGUUGCACUCGACUCAUCACACUGGGAACAUGCGGAGCACUUUGCUGAGCAUUUACCGGGAAGGCGGCAUACUGUCCUUCUGGCGAGGCAACGGGGCGAUGCUUUGCCACCGGGGCGUGGUGAACUGCAUCAACUUCCCGGUGAACGACCUCUGCAAGCAGCAGCUGCAGCAGCAGGACCGCGAGCUGCGGAACGCCUGCAGCGCGCUGGCCGCGGCCCUGACCGGCACCGCCGCGGGCCACCCCUUGGACGUCAUCAAGACGCGGCUCUCCGCGUCGAAGCGAUUUGGGUACGUCGGAAUCUGGCAGACCGCUCAAAGGAUGUACUCUGAGGAAGGCUUGCGCAGCUUUGUGGCGGGGUUUCGCGUUUCCCUGGCGGCGGUGGGGCCCAGCGUGGCCGCCUGCUUCUACCUGAAGGACCGGUUCAGCGCCAGCCACGUGGUGCACCAGCUCUCCACCAGAUCGCGCGGCUGGCUCAGCGAGAGCUCGAUAGCUGGCGGUGCGGCUGGCUGCGUCACAUCCUUCGCCUUCUUCCCUUUGGACUCAUGGAAGAGGCAACUGCAGAUGUCCGUGGUGACAGCUGGUGGGCGUGCUCGCUUGGCGGCAGUGCCAUUGCAGGGUGCGGCCCUGCUGGAUGCCUACCGGGGCUUGCUGCCAGAGCUGAUCAAAGUGGGCUGCAAUACGGCCAUCAUGUUCGGCAUCUCGGCUCGGGGAGGAUCUCCCACCAUCUCGGCUACGGCCUCCUGCCCAACGCCCAUGGCCAUCGCCCGGGUAGUCAAUGCCCUUCACGAGCAGUUUGACGGCUUGAAGGAUGCUGCUCUGACCAUCAAAUCAAUACCGAAUGGGCUUGCCAAAUUCGAGAGACUGCAACUGGACCAUCCGCAAGUGAGUGGGGACAUCGGAGACCUGAAGAGACUGAAGCUGCUGAAAGAGAUGCAUCUCCGCGGCACCAACGUGACGGGCGACAUUCAGGUGGUGAGGAAGCUCCCACACCUGGUGCGGGCAGACCUGUCGAGGACCAGGGUUACAGGCCGGCUGCGGAAAAGCUGGCAGGGCUGCUGCCAGCACCUGCGAGAGCUAGUGCUCGCCGACAGCCAAGUAAGCUGGCUGCCGCAAGGCGAAGACGCGCGGCAGCUCCGGAAAUAUGACAAGAGACAAAAUCUGCUGCCAGCCCUGGCGCUCCUGGACGUGUCCCGGUGCCCUUUGAACGGCCUGCUGCGCGACUUUUUGGAGCCCUUGGCCAUUCUGGCCCAUGUGGGGCGCAUUGGUGCGGCCGGGUGCAACUUGAGCGGCGAGCUGCCCGACAUGGGGCACAUAGAGAAGGCGGAGUUCAGCUUCUUCCGCUUCGUGUUCGGAUGGACGAGCGAACUGAGCAAGAGCCUCCAGAUGCUGGACCUCGGCAACAACUCCAUCUCCAGCGUGGAGGGCCUCUCGGCCCGGACCUACUUAAACUUGGCCUCCAAUGGCCCGGUCCGGCUGGCACCUGGGGUGCUGCAGAAGGCGCUGUCCGGCGGCGUGGUGCUGAACCUCCGUGGUUCCUCGCUGGUGGACCGCAGCGAGCCCCGGCCGCGUCCGUUUGCGGCAAGAGGAUCAACGCCCACUUCUUGAUGUACAGAUUCGAGGACGCCGAGGGGAAGAAGGAGGUGAGCGACAGCUUCAUCCGCCUCGUGAAGUGAAAGCGCAUCGCACAGUCUCCGCCCUGCAAGGCGAAGGGGCAUUGCACAGUUUGCCCGAUCGAGCACAGAGAUGGAA